AUGCUGCGUCGCACGCUCCCGCCGACCGCCGCCAGGACCGUGCGCCGGUAUGCCUCCACCCCAGGGAACCUGGCCGACCGCAACUCGCCCGGCCGCCAGAACUUGCGCCGUGUGGUUCUGACCGGCGCCGUGACCCUCAUCACCGUCGCCGGCGCACUCACCGGCGCCAGCCUCAAGGCCGACAACGAAGCCACCACGCAGAAGCACAAGGUCCGGGAGAUGCCCAUCGCCGAGCGUGUCGCCAUGAUCGACGCCCGGCGCGCAGAGCUGCUCAGGACCAAGGCGGACCUCGAGAGGAAACUGGAGAGGCUGCAGGCGAGGAUGAGCAGUGACCAUGCCGCCAAAUAA